AUGGCAAAUCGAACAUUAUGGGUAUGGCAAUGAAAUGGAUAAUUGAAGACGACGAAGCCGGUAUUAGUACUACAAGCCCACGUGGGAGUUAGAAUAUGGGCCUUAUGGGUUAGGCCCAUUGGGCCCACGUUCACAAGCGUCCGUGUCGAAAUCGCCUCGUUGCCCGUGACAUGUUUAUUCCCCAACUUUGGCAUCAUCAAACAAUGAUGACAUGUCAACCCAGGAAAUGUGCUACGUGUCACGCAUGCAAAGGGGGUUACGAGUUAAUCGACCCUUGAAUUAAUUAUUUCAAAUCAAACUAAAAUAUGUUUACAGUUUCAUAAUUAAAUAAUUAUGUCAUUUGUCAAAUUACCUAUUUACGUUUUUGGGGAUUGCUCUUAUUUUAUAAACUUUCAGGAAGGUUCUUGACAUGUGUCAGCUGCCUAGAUAUCUGGAGCCUUGAUAUUCGAUUAUAAAUUUUACACGUCACAAUACCGAAAGGAAUAUUAUCAGAAAUAUCUAACUCUAUAAAUUGCAAAUGGGACUAAAUAGAACUUUCAGAUAUAUUUUUUUCCUGCAAAGACUGUCUGGAGAUAAAAGAAGAAGGCGAAACCUUUUAAGCACAGACGCGCAAAGCCCUAAAUAGCCAAGGACACUGGUAGCUCUUGAAGGGAAUUUAUCAUUUUCCGUGUUCAAGAGAGAUUCGAUUUAUCGGCAAGGGAAGAAAAUUUUCUGGGGUUUUCGAAGAAUUCUCGAUCCCGAUUUCGAUUCCGACAGGUGUGUUGUUGUUGCCUGUUCUGCUGCGGUUGGGAGUCUUGUUCUUAUCACAAGAUUGUCUCGUGUUGUUGCAGAUUGGGUGAUUGGGAGAACGAGAUAACGAAAAUGGCAGUUUACGAGCAAAGUGGAAACGUGAUUAAAUCACAGAUUAACGCUUCGAGAAAGAGGAAAUCAAGGAGUAGACGAGACGGUACGACAGUGGCUGAGAGGUUGAAGAAGUGGAAAGAAUAUAACGUUAACGUUGAGGCUUCUCGUGAUGGCGAGAAGCCGGAACGUAAAGUGCCGGCGAAAGGGUCGAAGAAAGGGUGUAUGAAAGGCAAAGGAGGGCCCGAGAACAGCCAUUGUAAUUUCCGAGGGGUUAGACAGAGAACUUGGGGCAAAUGGGUGGCCGAGAUUAGAGAGCCGAAUAGAGGUAGUAGAUUGUGGCUUUGCACUUUCCCGACAGCUAAUGAGGCAGCGGUUGCUUAUGACGAGGCCGCUAUGGCUAUGUAUGGGCCCUCGGCUCGUGUUAAUUUCCCUCAAGCCACGACGGGAUCCGGGCCUGAAAUUACGAGCUCGUCAAAUCAAUCCGAGGUAUAUUCCAUGGAGGAUGUUAAGAUAACGGUUCAUGUGAAACAGGAGGAGAUGAUGAAGAAGGAUGUGGAGAAACGUAGACUGAGUAAUGAUUGGCUGAGCGGGUUUGAACAAGCGUACUGGAAGAGUUUUCUCAAGGAGAAAGUGAAGGAACAAGAGCAGCUGCCUGAUAACUGUGCGGAGGCAUGUGCUGACCAGAAUGAGUGGAAUGAAUUCUCUGCCGAGGAGAUGUUCGAUGUGGAUGAGAUUCUCGGCGACAUGAGUGGGUACGUGCUCGAAGGGCCGAGCCAAGAUCAAAGCUUUGGGAACGAUAGGGCUCAUAACGAAUCGGUAUUCUCAAAUGGGGAUGCAGAAAUGGAGGGAGUGGAAGCAGAGGGUGCAGGCCAUGGUUAUGGGUUGCCCUUGCUUGAGCUCGACCCAGAGGAUGAUGGGCAAGGUUUGUUCGAUUUCAGUUUUCUCGAUCUUGAGAGGUUUUGAAUGAUAUGUCUGUGACAGAUGACUGCUUCAACGUUGAUAAUGAGGACGACCUUGGAUCUUUAGGAGCUUUUCGACUCUCUUGGUUGCGUUACAGUUACAGAACAGGUGCCUGGUCUUUGCUAGGGACAACGACAAAAAAAGACAAUGUGUGAAAAAAAAUAGAAAAAGACAUGAACAUAAAGAUUACAUUUGUUCUU